AUGGUCCGCAUCACCGACAUGCUGAAGACCCAGAACAAGACCCGUCUUGUUGGCCCGAACUGCCCCGGCAUCAUCGCCCCCGGUCAAUGCAAGAUCGGUAUCAUGCCCGGCUUCAUUCACAAGCGCGGCCGCGUUGGUAUCGUCUCCCGCUCCGGUACCCUCACCUACGAAGCCGUCAACCAGACCACCCAGGCUGGCCUCGGUCAGUCCCUUGUUGUCGGUAUUGGUGGUGACCCCUUCUCCGGUACCAACUUCAUCGAUUGCCUGAAGAUCUUCCUUGAGGACCCCGAGACCGACGGUAUCAUCAUGAUCGGUGAGAUCGGUGGUUCCGCCGAGGAGGACGCCGCCGAGUUCUUCAAGGCCAACAACAUCCACAACAAGCCCGCCGUUUCCUUCAUUGCCGGUAUCUCCGCUCCUCCCGGCCGCCGCAUGGGCCACGCUGGUGCCAUCGUCAGCGGUGGUAAGGGUGGUGCCGACUCCAAGAUCGCCGCUCUCCAGGAUGCUGGUGUCAUUGUCGAGCGCAGCCCUGCCUCCUCGGCAAGGCUCUGCUUGCUGAAUUCGUCAAGCGUGACCUUGUCUAAAGGGAAGCAACUGUUUUCUUGA